ACCGAGGGGGCGUGGGUUCCACAGCCCACUGAGCUGUCUCUCCGCUGGGAACACAGGAUUCAGUUUCUUCGCUGUUACUGGACGUUUUCCACAUCUGGGGGUCUCCCAGCGACUAUCAGGUAUAGAUUUCCACAGAAAUGUUCGUUUGAAUGUUUGUUUGUGUUCAUAAUGUCAGUUUUCAGGUUAAACUGAGUUCAGCUACUUAAAACUGAGCGACUAACGGUACAGCUAGUACUUUCCUGGAGCUUGUUUACAGCAGCGGUGGUCGGUCUGUCGGUGAUGGUAGACUCACCGCUGUGUAACCAGAGGAGGACUCUGUCUAUCACUGUAGUAGAAGUAGUAAUAUAGUCUGGUAAAUUUACUACUGCUGCUGCUGCACGUGUUAAAGGUCCUGCCGUCAAAUUGAAAUGCGGGGUCUCAGUAUUAUCGUGACAUGAUAAUAUGAGUGUUUAACCAGCACACUGUAAUAAGGUCUCCUUUUCAAAUAUUUACUCAUGAUCAUUCAUAUAUGUGGUCACAAAUGUAGGCAUAGUGUGUGUUACUGUUAUUAUCGUGUAAUUAUCCCUUAUUAUGCUGAAUUUCACGGAUUUACACUGUUAGAGGAAUAAAGUCAAAAUGUUAUGAAAGAAAAAGAGAACAGCAAGGGUUUUAUUUAAGCCAUGUGAUUAUCAGAAAAACUUGAUUCUUGUAACCUCUUCAUGCUCCUGACAUAACCAUAGUAUAAAGACUCUAUUCUCAUGAAAAGAUGACUUAGUCCUCAUAUUAUCAUGACCUAAAUCCCCUAAAAUAAUAACUUACUCAAGACUUUAUUCUCAUAACACAACACUAUACUCAUCUUUAUAUAAUUCAGAUUUUUUUUCAUCAGGAUUUCAUCCCAUGGUGACUUUAUUGUUAUGACAAAAUGACUGAGUUCUCAUAUUAUCAUGGCCUGAAUUGUAUAACAUAAUAACUCAACCAAGACUUCAUUCUCAUAAACUGACGGCUUUAUAUUCAUAAAGACUUUAUUCUUAUAACACAACUUUCUACUCAUGAAGACCUUAUUUUCAUAUAAUUAAGACUUUUUUAGCAUCAGGAUUUAAUCUCACAGUGACUUUAUUCUCAUAUCAUGACUCUACCUUUGUGUAAUCAUGACUUUAUUCUGUAAAUCUCAUGUAAUUGUUAAAAAAACUUGAUUCUUGUAACCUCUUUAUGCUAUAAACAUAACCACUUUUUAUUUCUCAUAGUAUUAUGACUUUAUUCUCAUGACAUAAUGACUUGGUUCUCAUAUUAUCAUGACUUAAAUCCCAUAAUAUAAUAACUCUUAUGGCUCUAUAUUCAUGAAGACUUUAUUCUCAAAACACAACUUUAUACUCAUGAAGAUCUUAUUUUCAUAUAAUUUGGAUUUUUUUCUCAUCAGGAUUUAAUCUCAUGGUGUCUUUUUUCUCAUAUUAUAACUCGGCUUUUGUGUAAUCGUGACUUUAAUCUGUAAAUCUCAUGUGACUCCUCUUUGAGAUGGCUCUUAUACAGUUUACUAAAACUCUAAAAUACUCAGCUUCAGGAAAAGACCCUGAUGGUGGGGCUCAUGUUAGGUGGAGAUGUAAGAGGAGUGGUCUACCCUGGUCUGUCCCUCAGUCUCCGAUGUUCUGAAGUAUUCGGGUAUGAAGCCGCUCUGAUGAGUCUGCGGCGCUCUGCUCUGACUCUGGUCAUCUGUCGGGUUUGCAGAUGAUGACGUGACCUCCGAGCUGCAGAUUUGUGGCUCUCUCAGCUGUCAGAGAUGGAGGACGUGUGGUCUGUGGCUGCAGGUGUUUUCCAGGUGUGGAUGUUUGUGGUGCUGUUUCUCAUCAUGCUGCCUGCCAUGUUUGGCCUUUCCCUGGGGGUCACAGGAGUCUACAUUCAGAUCCUGGUCAAAAUCCUGGAGGUAACUAACCCAGUCUUUUCCCUUUUUUCUGUUUGGGGUUUCUUCGUUUGUGUAGACACUCUGCUCUGCUCUGGUUUGGUUUCCUUCUUUGCUUCUUUCUUCAUAUUUGAGGUCAGUUAGGAAAUGUGCAGCAGCGGGCAUCAUGUCAAAGGUCACCUUAAAAUAACUGUCUUUGCAGUGGGCCACAGUACGGAUCCAGAGAGGACAGCAGGAGCAGCCCAGUGUGCCCAUCCCUCUGCCCAACGGUGAGUCCCAUUAACAGAACAACAGAAACCAUGAAACUGAACAGGACACACGCUCCACGACCCAACAUUCAAGAUAAUAGACCAAUAGUUAAAGAAGAGGAGGAGGACAGCUCUCAUACAAUCACCCUGAGCUAAAAGCUUGAGUAGAUCCAUUCAGCCCAAGACUGCCAGUGCGGCAAACACAUGAGCAAAGGCUGAUUGGAUACCUUUUAUUCAUACGGUACAACAGUGUCAUUUAUUUCACAUCCCUUCUUCUUCUUCUUCUGUCAAGGUUUUGUUUACUUCUUGAUAGGGCUGGGAUGUAAAACAAUAACGAUAUAUAUCGAAAAUUUAUUUCCCUUAAUAUCAAUGUAAAACAUGGUCAAUAUGCUUUCCGAUAGUCAGCAUUCUGUUAUGUUUUGGUAGACUAUACGAAUAGCCAAUGAAAAGUGAAGUUUCACCGGGUCUACUCCACUCUGAACCAAUCAUGUGCGGAAUUAGAACCAAGUAUCAAACAACUGUGUAGUAGCAGACAGCAGCUACACCCAACCAUAGCACUUUUAACAGGUGAAGCCGACAGCACUGUUGGUGAGAAAAAAAGAAAAUGAGUGCUACCCCCGACAGAAAUGACCAUGAAGGCUCAACAGAUGACGACAUUGUCGACAACACUGGUACGAAAACGUCAGUAGUGUGGAGGUAUUUUGUUUUUUUGCAGUCGGACAUGAAGCAGAGUAAUUUGUACUGCAAAUUAUGUCAAGUACAUGUUCGCACAAAGUCGGGGAAUACCUCAAAUCUUUUUCACCACCUGAAGUAGCGCCACAUCGCAGAGCAUGCGCAACACAAAAGGUUACAAACCCCGAGAGGAGCAAGGAGCCCAUGGCGCCUGAAACAGCCGACCAUUCAGUCCACUUUCUCUAGAGCAACGCCUUACGACAAAAUGUCAAAGAGACACAAAGACCUCACAGAUGCAGUAGAUAAUUAUAUAGUAAAAGACAUGCUACCAAUAAACACUGUUACAUUUCAUUUUUUAUAUUUUGUGAUAUAUAUCGAUAUCGACUGAUAUGAAAAAAUAUCGUGAUAAACUUUUUCCCAUAUCGCCCAGCCCUACUUCUCGACUUCCUGCCGAUGUUUUACGCUGCUUGACUUCUGGGUCCAACUCUGGAGCAUGCUCAGAAGAUUCAGGUCAGCUUCAGUUCGACUGAUCCCGUUAAUCCAGAUCUGUUAGUCCAGCUAAAAAAAGCUCCGUCCGGUCUCUUUCAGCCGGACUAACAGGACUCUUUAGAAGUCCAGUUUCAGUCAGCUCUGUUGAGUUUUCUUGGAUUUUCUACAAGAUCGGUCUCAGAUAGGUGAAGAGAGCGUCUGUUUAAACGUUGUAAAUCAGAGUGCCGUGGAGCAACAUUUGAGAUAUUUUACACAAAACUAAUGAGGUAUGACAUUGAGUCUGUUGUGUGUGAAACAAAAGUGAGUGUUGGGUGGAGUUCAGGUCUUCAAAUCUGGGACACUUUUGGCCAAAGGAAGAAAAACAGAGAAAAUCCUUCAAUCAGAAAUAACAGAAGUAUUUAAGGUCGAUGACUGAGCGAGGAAAUCAUAUGAAGAAAUAAAGAGACUGAAUCUGUUUGUGUUACACGCUCCUUCCGUGUUUUCCACCAUCACAUGACUUAGUGUUUGCUGUGUGACCAUGGAUGUCUGACUGACUGACUGUGGGGCAGGAAAGACUGAAGACAGUGAAGCUGCUCCGGUUCUGGCUCUGGUUCUAUUUAAAGGUCUGUUUUUCUCUUUCAAAGAGAGCACACCUCUUUAUUUCUGUUGUCACUUUGAAGGACUCAGAAACUCACUCUGGAGCAGCAGCAGCUGGACUUCCUUCCACCGUGUGAGGGAUUUGUUUGAGCUGCAGACGGAGGUCAUGCGACACUGUGUGUGUGUGUGUGUGUGUGUGUGUGUGAGCGUUUGGGGGCUUCCCAUUGGUCAGUUUCACGGCGUGAUGUCUGGGUGCAGCAUGGAAAACAGAUGGCUCGUCUCAGGAUGAUGAUGCAAGAGCUGAUUGCAUAAGUGUGUUCAAAUAUCGGGGGGGGGGGGGGGUCCUCACUGUAAACACUGGAGGAAUUCAGAACUCAAACACUGGGUCACUGCAGGAUCAGAGUUCAUACUUUGUCAUCAGUCUAAUAUCACUUUUAGAGGACUGAUACUAUGGAAUAAUUUGGAUGUAUCUCUAAAAUUAAUAUUGUCCUUCAAAUUCUUUAAAAUAUAAUUAAAAUCUCAUCUAAUCAUGCCUUAAACAUGUCAUUAUCUGUUAUCGUCAUGUUUCUUUUCUUUUUAUGUAUACUUAUAUUGUCUCUAUCUCUGGUUGAUGAUAAGUCUAUGUUCUAUUUAAGACAAUUUGUAAAUGUUUUGACCUUUCCGUACUUAUUGUAUAUUUAUGUCUUAGUCUUAUGUCCUAGUUACUUUUUUGUACCCUAUGCUUUCACUGCCCUGAUGGGAGUGGAACUCUGUAUCAGUCUAUCAGCUUCGUUCUCUCCUUGCACUGUUUUUAAUCUGGGCUAAAUAAAUAGAAAUAGAAAAAAACAGAAACUGGACCGGCACAUGAGACUCUGAAACAUACAGAUCACAUGUAAACAGCAGAACUAGACUCUGGAAACAAGGUGGUUCUGGAGAACCAAACCACCAGGGGGGUGCAGUUCUAGACUAGGCCAGAUGACCUAUGUGGUUUUUGUGAAUAGAUCUGUGAGGGUCUGUGUGUGUCUAAUCUAGAUCUGUACGAUGGAUCUUUACAUCUUUACAACCCUCUGUGGACCCAAUCCGGUUCCUGUUCCCGCCUGUAAACGCAUAUCUCUCGCCCUCCUCCCGUAUUGUCAUUUCUCCCGUAGUUUGAUGGUCCACGUUCAUUCAUAAAUCAGAUCACUAUAUUGGUCCAAAGUUUCCAGACAACUGAAGAUUGUUAUGUGUUUCUGCUGAGCCUCACAGACACUGGAUUGAUACUUUGGGCUCUAUUUUCAUGCCUCGCCGGAUACGUGCCGCAGGUGCGGCGUAAGUCAGGUCCGCCGCGCCGACAAGGCGUUCCCAAGCACAAUUUGGUAUUUUGGUGAGCAGUGGAGCCCGGCGUAAGUACCCCCCCUCCCUAACUCAGCUCCUCCCAGCGGCGUAAGUCGUAGCGAGGGAGGAGAAAGGGCGUGGAGUGGGUUUAACACAGCCGAGACCUGUUUUCACCAAUCACAUCAGCUCCUCUCCUUGCCUUUAAAUCCGCAACAGGCGAGGCGUAUUACCAUUUUCGUGAAGUAGUCAAAGAGAUCAAGAGAUGUCUGAACACAGUAAUGCCACAAGAUGGCGACAGAAGGCAGCUCCUCAACAAGUGUCACUUUAAGCGCUGCAUUGGGCGUCCUCCACACUCUCUCAUAUGAGCACAGAUGGAUUUGGUGUGUGUAAUGUUGGACCCACUGGUAAGACAAACACCCUUUUACACAAAUAAAGACACUCACAUGAAGUUGCACAUAUUCAAACCUCACGUGACAAAGGUGGGUUGUGCGCACAGAUCACAACAUAAACUCCAAAAAUGGCAUUAAAAUUGGAACCAUCUGUGCGUAAAUGACGCAUCGCACUCCAUGGCCGGGCUCGUUCUUUCAUGGAUGUUGGCAUAUAAAAUAAAUUUGCCUCACAAAGCGGAAUAUUAUAACAUCCUUAAAGUAGAUAACGCAUCUGGGCACUGAAACAAAUCAUCUGUUCAGCCGCUGCAGGACAGAGAGAGGACACGGAGACGUGUCCAGGUCGAGCUGCGCAAGAAAUAAGAGGAAGAGGAAGAAAUAAAAGGAGGGAGACGAAUUACAUAUCUAGUUAACUUCAUCAUGUGUGUCUAUUUACUAGAUAUUUAAUUCAAUUUAAUGCGGUUUCAGCUGUGUUGAUUCGGUCAGGUUGUGUGUCCAAACGCGUGCCAAACGCGCUCAUCAGAUCAGAUAUAGAUCAGAAUAUAUCUAUAUAGAUCUAAAUGUAUGUGCUGACACAGAUUAUUAGAUUUUGAUGAUUAUUUAUUGCACUGAAAUGUGCCUGACACUGUGGAAACCUGCCGGUGAGGCAUCAGUGACGUAUGCCGAUACGCCGCCAGUCUACCAAAAUACCUCUAGACCAGCUGCGUUCCGCCUGCACUGAAAGCUGACCAGGUUUGAAUCGGCGAGCUUUCAGCGCACUUUACGCCGGUGGCGAGCACGAAAAUGUCACUGCGCCCGCUGAUUCUGUCGACACCUCCCCCUGCCACGCCACCAUGCCCAGCUUGGCGGAUCUCGGCUCGCCUCCGUGCGCCUCAGUCCAUGAAAAUACCAAACUGGCCGUACGCCGGGCUGCGCCAGACGAAAAUACAACUGUGCGGGGCUCGCCGCCCUCCGUCGCCUCACCGGCGUACAUGAAACUUUUGACUUUACAGUUUGGGAUGAUGAAGGUCGAUUUAAGGUGCAAACUAUAUUUAAGCAGUGUUUGUUGCAAAAUGAAUACUUUAAUAAAAGGGAAACAAACCUGAGAUGUAAUAUUUACAUUGAUAGUCUGUUGAUAGGAGUGAUGUGUUCAGGGCAGCCUCAGUUAAAAGAGUGCUGUAUUUCACACACAGAUGUUCAGAGAGCCUCAUACAGGAGAGAGCAUGGAGAAUAGAUGAGGAUUUUAAUUUUAGUGGACUAAACAAGUUCAAGGCAUAUUGUAGCUAUUUUUUUUUUACCAUUUGUUGUAAUUUGUUUGUAAUAAUUGUUAUUUAACAAAAAAGUGUGCAGCUUCACUUAGACUUAUUUGGAAGAGUAAUCUAAUUACAAAUACUCUUGUAAUUACCUCAUAUCCACCAGACAAGGGAACCCCAAAACUGACUGGCACACGCUGCAAAAAGCUCCCGGAUUUUAUAACCCAAAUGUUGGCAGGUAUGUUCAUAUUCUCAGGUUUUCACAUGAGGCUCUGUGGGGACUGACCCACUUUGGGAGGCUGCCUCUAGUGGACACUCUCAGUACUGCAGUUUUGGGCCUCUGACUGAAACUGUGAAAUUCUGGACUACUUGAACUCUGGAGAGAAACAGAGACACCAGGAUGAAAACCAGGACCUGAAUACAUCUGUGUGUGUCAGAGACUCUCUGUCUGUGUUAAUCAUUACAGUCUCAGUCAGUUAGUCCAUAACAGAAGGUGAAGUAAUUUUAAUACCACAAUAAAUGCAAACAUCUGCCUCUGAUCAUAAACUAUUGACACAUAAAAAAAAACAGAAAUAAUGAGCAGUGAGCUGAAGACAACGUUUAUCAUCAUCAUCAUCACCUUCCUCUCUGCGUUAGAGUAAGUGUCGCUACCCACGGAGGGUUAAACGUCUGUGUCAGGUCAGCGUUCUCGUGAUCCUCAGACUGCUCCUCUUUUAACAUAAAGAGACACUGUUCCUUCACUGCAGCUCCACUUCAUCUCAUUUCAAGCUUUAAAAAGAGUCUCCUAUACACACACGAGGAGACUCAAGUCCCCCAUCUGAGAUAUGAGUCCAGAGGAGAUUGACUCUUUAUUUACUGUUUAAAACACACAUAGUUUUGUUUAUGUGUUAAUAUGUCACAGGUCUGAUCUAAAUUUAAAAACACCGGCCUUGUGUCUCUGGAACCACUCCAGAACAUGGACUCAUGCUGCUCUCAGCUGCCUUCAAUUCGUGUGUGUGUGUGUGUGUGUGUGUGUGUGUGUGUGUGUGUGUGUGUGUGUGUGUGUGUGUGUGUGUGUGUGUAUUAAAGUACGGAGCGGGCUCAUCCUUGUGUACACACAGGUGUGGAAACAGAAGCAGGUGAUGUUUGCAGGAAAACUCCCAGACUGAAGUAGAUCGUCCGUCUCCUCGCUCAUGUAGACAAACUCUGUUUCAAAUUCUGUUUCUAGUGUGUCUAUUUCUACAGUCGACAGGUUUAUCUAAAUACAUGAGAACAGAAGUCAAAGAGAGUGAAGAUAAAUUAUCAGAUAGAUAAAUGAUCUGCUCACAUGAGACGAUGAGGCUCCACAUAAUAAAACUCAUAUUCAGUUCCUGUUGCAUUAUUAUCCUGGCCACUAGAGAGCAGCACAGCCAGCUCUGAACUGAACAGUAGACUGAUGAUCAGCUGUUGUUUCUCUGUUUUUGGUCUCCUCCACCUCUAAUCAUGAUAAUGGAUGUAAUGUCUGGUUCUGUGGUUCUGACCCAGGGAUCAUCGAGCGGGCUGAGGGCUCCAUGGAGGAGGAGCUGGAGCAGCUGCGGAGUUCUCGCUCUCUGGCCGGAGGCGAGUUCGCGCUCAGCGACGUUUUCUACUUCUAUAAGAAUGGUCUGGAGAGCAUCGUGGACGACCAGGUGACUCAGCGUUUCUCCUCCGAGGAGCUGGCCUCCUGGAACCUCCUCACCAGAACCAACCAGAAUUUCCGCUACAUCAGCCUCCGCCUCACCGUCAUCUGGGGGCUCGGGGUCUUCAUACGAUACGGGGUCCUCUUCCCCCUCAGGUCAGUCUGACGUGGACUUUUACUUGUCAGGGAGAUGAUGAUGAGACAGAGCGACACCUGACCCGAUAGUCAGAGUCCAGCUCCAGACUCAGACCAGUCUCUCAGCUCUAGAGGAGAUUCUUUGAACCUCAGAGACCCAGAUUAGGUCACUGUUGGACAGUUUGGCGGGACUACAGUGAAACCACUAAAGACCCUGAGCCUUUAACGGGUCUAUAGACCACAUAAAACCAGAACCAUGUGGUCUAACCCCCAAUUUCCACCUCAUCCUGAACGUCUACUAAAAGGUUGUAUCCUCUGAUCGUAGCUGAUAGUAACCAUUCAAGUUAAUGUGUCAAUUUCUCACCGGCUUCCGUUCCGUUCCUCGAUAGCCGGACACCUCAGCUGAUCUAUUUUUUCUGGACACCGGAUGAUGCAGGAUAAAGUCAGCACAGAUUAACCCAUGCUGGAAAAGGAAGUCGGGCACAGACACAAAAUAAAUAAUAAAUAAAUAAUUUCUAUUUUAAAAUAAAACACUCCGUGUUUCAGGAGGAUCGUAAUUCACACCAUGCAAACGGGCGGAGACGAACAAGUGAAAGGUUUUUAGACGUCAUUUCACCCUGAUGACACCAUGGAUGAGGAGAUGCUGAUUCUAGAAGUCUAGAAGUAGAUUUCCUCCUCUGAAAGGACACGAUCUACUGCUUAUAUGUCUAUGUGGCUGUCUUUAUAAAGACAAUUCGUUAUUGCGUGAUUGAAUGUGAAUCCACGGGUUCUCGCUAUUACAGCUGUCCGUAAUCUGCCAUGAAAUUCGCCUCACAAACGGAUCCAGUAGGAAUUGGCGGAUGGCGAAAAUCGUCCCCAUUCUGGAUCAGAGCCGUUCCGGAUGCAGUGGUAAUCCCGGGUUAAAGAUGACAUAGCUGCAGUUCAGUCAGGGGUUCACUCGAGGACUCACACGUGUAGGACUGUAGGGCUGUCUUACAAAUCCAGGGUAGAGGUCUAGAUUUGAUUCAAAGGUCAGUACAAAUACAGGACUCUUGACUCAGAGCGGCCUUCAUGACCUCUGAUCUUCAUACCUGCAGGCUGAUGCUGGCUAUCAUCGGCCUGACCUGGCUGGUGUUGGGGACCACUCUGGUUGGCUGUCUGUCAGAGAGCAGGUACAUCAGGACCAGCUCUAAACCUUCUGAAGCUCCAGGACCUGGUUCUGUCUCUGAUUGACUCACAUGAACCUUCUGGUCUGUUUCAGUGUGAAGAACUGGCUGAGCGAGCUGGUCCACCUGACCUGCUACAGGAUCUGUGCAAGAGGACUGUCAGCCACCAUUACCUACCACAACAAGUCAGUCUCCGCCUCUUUUCUCCCUUAUCUCUGUAAUCUGAGGACGACAAUGAAGCAGUCUUCUCGUUUACCUUUGUCUGCAGGGAGAACAGACCUCAGAAAGGAGGGAUCUGUGUCGCCAAUCACACCACACCCAUUGACGUGGUCAUCCUGGCGAACGACGGCUGCUACGCCAUGGUGAGCACCACCAGCAGGUAACUCAGAGUUUAACAACUCAGACAAGAAAGGAUUCUGAUCCGGUUCAAUGGCCAGUUCCUCAGAGAGGAGCUGACCGGGGUCACCUGUGGGUAACUACGGACAGGUACCUGCACACCUGAAAAACCCGAACUAUCCCUUUAUAUCCUGGAUUUAGAUUAACUUUAUAUUCUCAUCCUCAGGUUGGUCAGGUCCACGGAGGUCUGCUGGGCGUCAUUCAGAGGUCCAUGUUGAGGUCGUGUCCUCAUGUUUGGUUCGAGCGGUCAGAGAUGAGAGAUCGCCACGCCGUGACCAGCAGGUAAGACGGACAUAGAGAGGGAGAGAAAGAGCGAGAGAGACAGAGAGAGAUAGAGAGAGAGAGAGAUGAAACACCAACAAACAGGAGCAGCUCCAGUCUGUUGGUUCAGAUAUUACAGAUGUCUAGGUCUUCAUCCUGGAUGAUCAGAGCCUCAACAAAGACCUGGUUCAGUUUUAGAGAAGAGUCUGUUUUCUUCACUGAGGAGCAUCAAUACGAGUAAACUCCUUCUUUGUGAGUAAACGGAGUUAUGAGAUGGAUGUGAUGCCCUUUAGAUGAACGUAAAGAAAGGCUCCAUUGAGGACAUGUUGGCUCUGCUGAACAAAGCGCUUUUGGAGUGUAGGGUUCAGUCUGAACCAGAGAGACCAUGAUCAUCAUCUCAGAGCAGGAAUCAGUGAUGGCAGAUAAACUAGAACAUCAGAUCAACAAAAACAACUCUCAUGUUUCACAGUUUUCCUCAUUAGGACCUCAGAGUGAUGAAGGCUUUCUCAUUCUAGUUUUCUCUGUUUGUCCGCAGGCUGAGAGCUCACGUCGCAGCAAAGACCAAACUACCAAUCCUGAUCUUUCCUGAAGGUAAGUGUCCGCAGAGUUCUCUGUGAGGAUGAGGAUGAGAAUGAUAAUGAUGAUAAUAAUAAUGAUGGUGAUGCUGAUGAUGAUGGUGAUGAUGAUGAUGAUGGUUGUGGUGAUGACGAUGAUAAGGAAGGUGGUAAUGAUGAUUAUAAUGAUGAUGACGAUGAUGAUGAUGAUGAUGAUGUUAAGGAUGGUAAUGAUGAUGAUAAUAAUGAUGCUGAUAAUGAUGGUGGUGAUGAUAAUGAUGAUGAUGGUGGUGGUGAUAAAGGUGAUGAGGAUGGUGGUCAUGAUGAUGAUGAGGAUAAUGAUGUUAAGGAUGGUAAUGAUGAUUAUAAUAAUGAUGAUGGCGAUGAUGUGAGUUCUCUGUGAGGAUGAGAAGGAUAAUGAUGAUGAUAAUAUCAAUAGUGAUGCUGAUGUUGAUGUUGAUGAUGAUGAUGGUGGUGGUGAUGAAGAUGAUAAGGAAGGUGGUAAUGAUGAUGAUGGUGAUGAUGUGAUGAUGAUGAUGUUAUGGAUGAUAAUGAUAAUGAUGAUGAUGGUGAUGAUGGUAAUGAUGAUGAUGAUGAUGAUGAUGAUGGGGAUGAUAAUGAUGAUGAGGAUGAUGAUGGUGAUGAUAAUGAUGAUGAUGAAGAUGAUGAUGGUGAUGAUGAUGAUGAUGAUAAUGAUGAUGAUGGUCUCAUCCUCUGUAAUCUCUCUGUUUCUAACAGGAACCUGCAUCAACAACACCUCCGUCAUGAUGUUUAAAAAAGGCAGCUUUGAGAUUGGAGGGACGAUUUACCCUGUCACCAUCAAGGUAGGAAGAUGAGGAGAAAUUAACCUCCUACUCCAAAAGACAGAGGUCAGAGGAUAACCCCCCCCCCCCGUCUCGGUUUCAGUACGACCCUCGGUUUGGCGAUGCGUUUUGGAACAGCAGUAAAUUCAACAUGGUCAGUUAUCUGCUGCGCAUGAUGACCAGCUGGGCCAUCGUGGUCAACGUGUGGUACCUGCCCCCCAUGACCAUACAGGUACAUAGAGUCUGUAAUGACAGCUGUCAGCCUCCGGGGGGCAGCAGCACCCCUUUCAAACAGUGAUCAGAGAAUAAAGUACCUUAAACUUUCUGUCUGUGUACUCUGUGUGUGUGUGUGUGUGUGUGUGUGUGUGUGUGUGUGUGUGUGUGUGUGUGUGUGUGGGUGGGUGGGUGGGUGUGUGUGUGUUGUGAGCAGGAGGGCGAGGACGCAGCUCAGUUUGCAAACAGAGUGAAGUCAGCCAUCGCUCAUCAGGGAGGCCUGCUGGACCUGGCAUGGUGAGGACUUGCCCUCAGAGGUUAUCUGCAGACUUAGCAUGCUCCCUAAAUUUCAAACAGUGUCCUGUCCUUCAGCUUUGUUUCCAUGACGAUAGAUACUGUCUUCUCUGUCGUUAAACUCUCUCCUCAGGAUUUGAAAACUGGAAAACGGUUGUCGGAGAUGAUGCUGCUGGUUCAUGUUCAGUGAUGGGUGGUGUGUCUGUGUUUCAGGGACGGGGGUCUAAAGAGAGGGAAGGUGAAGGACUCAUUCAAAGAGGAGCAGCAGAAGAUGUACAGCAGCAUCAUCGUGGGACACAACAGGCUGGGGUCAGAGCAAGGGUGUGGAGACGUCCCAGAGGAGCAGUGAGGACUGAGAAAAAACACCUUCAAACACAUGGAGAGGAGGUGUACUCCUCCAUCUGUGUGUCUAAGACUCUUCAAAACUCUAAAGUCUUAUUUUUAUGCAGCUGUCUGCAGCUGUCUGUCUGUGUGUGUGUGUGUGUGUGUGUGUGUGUGUGUGUGUGUGUGUGUGUGUCUGUGUCUGUGUGUGUGUCUGGAUCUGUAGAAGUGAGUGUCCACCAGCAGGGGACAGCAGAAGACAACGCAAGAAGUUUCUCCUUCCUCCUGAGAAUCAAAGAAACGUAUAAUCAACUGCAUUUUUACUUGUUUUUCACCUUUCAGAGAAAAAACAAUAUUUUCGUAGGUCUGAAAUGUUUGUGUUUGAUGAACCAAAUGUUGACCUUUGACCCGUGUGACUGAAAAUCUUCAUGUUUGAUUGUUUAAAAAAAAAUCAUCUCUCUUUACUUUGGUGUGUUUUUUCACCUUCUCCAUUGUUGUUAUGGACAGAUGCUGGUGUAGGAUAAAGACUGGAUACUGAUUGAUUGAUUGAUUGAUUGAUUGAAGUUUAUUUCGAAUAUGCAAACCAAAAAUAUAAAAAUAGAGCAAGAAAGUAAGGAGAAACAUUUAAACAUAAAAAAAAUAGAAAUACAUAUUGAGGGGGGGGGAGAAGAAGAAUAACUUCUGAACUCCCAGCUCUUCCCUUUAAAUAAUAAUUACCCACACCAAGCUUCCUUACAGCUUGUUUGGAUGUACCUGAUAAUUAUAGAUAAAUAAAGUACAUUCAUGACUUUGUAUUAUAAAUACAAAAUCUACAUCCAUGUUAUACAGCACACACAUAAAAACAACAAAACAAAAUAAAACAUAGAAAUAUCUUAAUAUAAAUUUGAUGCACAGAAGUAUAACGGUGAGAAGAAGCUCCUGAAGGAUUUGAUCCUUUUUGGACAAUAAUUGUAGAUAAAUCACCAAAACAAAGGCCGGGAUUUUAGAAGUAUUGAUCAUUUGUGUCUGUCUUUCUUCAGACUGUUGGUGCUUUUAAAUAAAGUGAAAUCUAAAUUACAGUUUACUUUAAAUUUAAACUAUAAAAACAGCAGGAACAGGAGUUUGUUUGUUUCACAAAUAAUCUGAUGACGGAAGAUGAAGUAAAAAAAAAAAAAAAUGUCUGCAGAUGUUUUUACCUCAAUAUUUACCUCGAGUCAAAUAAAGACAAACAAAUAAAUGAUGAGAGAAAAUGACAAAACUGAAAAUAAACACCUUAUUUAAUGAAUAAUUAAUACUCUUCGCUGCAGAACAGAAAGAUUCAGAAGAGCGUUUGUUCCCACAGACAUCAGACUUUAUAACUCUUCUGUAAAUAGAAAGUGACUUUUAGAGACAUGACAAAUGAGACGACAGAAGAUUGAAUUUCUCUUCAGGGAUCAAUAAAGUUCUUAUUCUUAAUCUUCAGCUGGUUUCCAAACAUGCGGGUAAGGACCC